UGACCCAACCCCAACCAGUGCGAGUGAUAUGAACCUGAGCAUGGCAUUAUCUUCUUCCUGGUCACCUACGCUCCUUACAACCACCCAAUCCUCCUCACCUCCCAAACUUGUCGAUUCUCAUUCCCCGCUCACCUCCUUGGCCUUCCCUUCCAAACCCACCACCACCACCCACACCAUUGUUCCCGCGCUUUCCCACAAAUGGAGAGCCAGAAUUUCCUUCUUUCCUGCGUUUUUGAGCAAAGGCAAAGACGCCAAAACUCUCAAGGAGGAGCUUCUCGAUGCCAUUGCUUCGCUCGAUCGAGGCGCCGACGCCACUCCAGAGGACCAGCAAGCUGUUGAUCAGAUUGCACGCAAACUUGAAGCAGUUACUCCAGUAAAGGAGCCACUCAAAUCUGGUCUACUCGAUGGAAAAUGGGAGCUUCUCUAUACUACUUCAAAAUCUAUUCUCCAAACUGGGAGACCCAAGUUUUUAAGAUCGAGAGUAAACUACCAAGCAAUCAAUGUGGACACUCUCAGGGCCCAAAAUAUGGAGUCUUGGCCAACUUUCAAUCAGGUAACAGCCGAUCUAACACCUCUGAAUGCAAGAAAAGUGGCUGUAAAAUUCGACUAUUUCAAGAUUGCAGGCCUGAUUCCUGUUAAGGCACCUGACAGAGCCCGUGGUGCACUGGAAAUUACAUAUUUGGAUGAAGAGUUGCGUGUCUCAAGAGGUGAUAAAGGAAACCUGUUCAUCUUGAAAUUGGUUGAUCCAUCCUAUCAAGUACCUGUCUGAUGCGUACAAUUAUAUUGUAGAAUGUGCAACUAUCUGGUCAUCACAAGAGAAUUCAUGACAAUGGACUGAAGCAUGCCAGUUUUUGUAUAUCUGAUCAUAUAUGGAGAUUGUUGCCUCUGUCAUGCACAGGCAUCUCCUAACUUUUUUUUUUUUUUUAAUAUCAUGUGAAAAUUGCACAAUUUGAUCCAGUUCGAGUUGUUAUAUUUUUUUGUGACCCACUUUAACAACAGAAUUGUAUCAUUGGAAAUAAUAUAGUCACAGGUCAAAGUAUGUACAUCUGUUGGUAGUAAAGUAUCGUACGCCAUGUCCUCAAGGUUGUAACUUGUAAGUGCAAAAUAUUGAACAAUUUAUAUGUUUGUAUAGAAAAGGAUUGACAUUUGUAUU